UUUUAAAUGCGAAGAAGUUUCCUAGCAGCCAAUUCUCAACCGUCAUCUCUGACUUCUAUCUUUAUGUGGCUAUGCCAUUAUAAAUGUAUCUCUCAUUAUCCUAUGGCGUUCCAUUAUAAUUCAUUGCCACCAACUUUCUGAUUAUUUGGACGUUAAGAAUUGACUUGACUGCUACAAUUUCAAAAACAACAUGGAGGCAGCACCCAGAGGAGGCAAAAACAGGAAGAUGGAAAACAAUGAGAUUCGUUACAGGGGAAUUCGCCGGAGACCAUGGGGAAAGUUUGCAGCUGAAAUACGUGACCCAACAAGGAAUGGUGCGCGCCUGUGGCUUGGCACUUUUAAUACUGCGGAAGAGGCGGCUCGAGCGUAUGACAGAGCUGCUUUUGCUUUCCGGGGUCAUUUAGCCAUUCUUAACUUCCCAAAUGACUAUCAAUAUCAUUCUCAACCCGGCUCUUUGCCUUCAUCAUCAUCAUCUGGAGCUAACUAUGGAAGCGCCUCUGGUUCUGGCAGAGUGGUUUCUUCUGAAGCAGGGAAAGAAAGUGGAAAUGAAGUCAUAGAGUUGGAGUAUCUAGACAAUAAAUUGUUGGAGGAGCUCCUGGAUACAAAGGACGAUUAUUACCCGGGUAAAAAUGACAAAAACUAGCGACAUUCCACUGCAUAAAAGUUGUGGCUUAUUGUAGAUCCUUUUCUGGGUUACUGAAAAUUUUUAUUCUUUGCAAAUAACUGCGUUUUCUUGAGAAGUGUCAUUAUGCAAACUGAUACUUGUGAUCGCAGAAUUUGAAAAAUUGUUCAGAAUCUAUGUAUUCUGGGUUUUUAA